AUGUCAAUGUUCAGAUCAGCUGCAGAUAGCUCGUCAGAUUCUCAAGUCAGCUCUGAUGAAAACGAUAACAAUGUGCUCAUGACCUCAAUUCACAGCGAACGGGAAAACCCCCGAAUCCCCCAAAAGGAAGCAAAGACGCCUCCCAUAACAACAGGAACAGGUCAUGGCCAAGACACAAGCUCUUCCGAGCAUGACCUCCCAAGUCCCAGUGGGUUGCCUGACGUUGACGCUGGGGGCCAUGCAAACUUGAUGACUGCUGCUUUGCUUGAGUUUUACUGCCUCAGUCGGGCUGCAGAUAUUCUCAAUGCCCAAGAAGGCUCACACCGACGGUUCACACGCGACUCGUCUGAAGUUCAAUACCUUGGGAAAAAGAUGUAUGCCUUUAAGUCUCAGUUUCUUUCAUCGCAUGGCGUGUUAGUGGGUGGGGUUGAUAAAGAGGAAUUGGGAACGACACGGCAGUACUACCGCGACAAUCUCGAUCUACUUGGUGUGUCUGCAUUGGAGGAUUUGAAUUUAGACGACGGAAACAGGCGAUCGCCGACAAUCGGUGCUUCUACGGAUCUCGCAUUGACUUCCAAAUCUUCAAAGAGCAUGCGGUUCCUUGCUGAAAAACAGUACGCGGAGCCUACUCGACCAGAGGCCGAAAGGGGUGAAGGUUUAGAUCUGCAACGACUUAUCAGUGGAAGAAAUUCCGGUCUGAUGCAAGACAUUCGACUGGACUUGGGCAAUUUGCCAACACAGCCCUUGCCUCUUUCUAGAAGCUCUCCUGUGAGCUUUCCAUUAUUCAGUGCACAUCCACACCAGCCUAUCAACCACAUGUCCCGCUAUGAAAUGGAAUUUUCUGAAGUCAAGGUUUUGGGUCGUGGGUCAUUCGGGGAGGUUUACCAUGUGAAGAACCACAUUGAUGGACAAAGUUACGCGGUCAAAAAGAUUCCGCUGAGCCAAAAGCGCCUUGAACAGUUGCAAUUUGGGGGACAAAAUCAACUGGAGAACAUAAUGAAGGAGAUUCGAACCCUUGCUAGACUUGAGCAUACAAAUGUCGUUCGAUAUUAUGGGGCAUGGGUGGAACAGGCACAUGUCGCUGGGCAUCUACCGCCUGAAGAGCCCUCUUCUCAUGGGCUGCACCACGAGGAGUCACAAAACACCGAUAUAACUCAGGAGUCAGCAGAAAACCCGAGUUUUGGCAUUGUAUUCGAAGAUUCGGAAAGCUCACUGGCCGAGGCUCAUUCAAGCUCCGCGUCAACGGAAUACGAAACACGCUCUCACGGUACGGCGCAACGUCGAUACAGCCAUGCAACUACAGCUUCACAUCGAUCAAGGAGAAGCUUUGGACACAGUAUUGAAGAUGACGAUGAAGAGAUUGAGUCAAUCCCUCGCGAUUUCACUAUGCAGUCUCAAGGCCAACUGUCGACCUUUGGCGGAACGGACGACGAUAUCUUCACAGAUGGAUUGAGUCAAGAUCCAUCCAAGCUGCAGAUUCAGCGAAGGCACCGGAGCGGAGCUCAAAUUCCUGCUGUUGUUCUUCAUAUUCAAAUGUCGCUUCACCCCAUUUCUCUUAGCUCAUAUCUGAAUCCACAGCCGGAAAGAUCUGGGGAGGCGCAGUCCCCGUCACGGCGCCACUGCUUCCAUUUGAUACCGUCAUUAAAAUUGAUGCUAGAUAUUAUCUCUGGAGUCGAGUACCUUCACACUAAGGGGAUUGUGCACCGAGAUCUGAAACCGGCUAAUAUUUUCCUUUCGUCUCCCGAGAACCAUAACUUACAGAGAUGCGGUUCUUGCCAAUCAGACCAUGAGUCUGUCUCCCAUUAUUGCCACCCCCGGAUAGGGGAUUUCGGGCUGGUGGCAGAUAUCUCCCAUCUCAAUGUCACACCCUCAGACAGCCCUGUCACUCCUUCUAACGAGGGCCCGAAUGUGAAUCGCAUUGUUGGGACAGAGUUUUAUCGUCCGCCACAGGGAUCCGUUGGGGAUUCCAGCUUUGGCAGCAAUCAAUCGUUUUGCACAGUUGACGAGAAGCUUGAUAUAUUCGCCCUUGGGGUGAUUCUAUUUGAACUAUUAUACCGCCUGAACACGAAAAUGGAACGACAAUUAGUAUUGAAUGAUCUGACAAGGGGAAGCAACAGCCAGUCAUCGACAGUAUCCCCUACGAGCAGGACAUCGUUCCCAUCUGACUUUGUGGGGAAAAUUGACAUGGGACAAAUGAUGCUAGAUGACGAAACAUCUAUAGGGGAAUCCUUGAUGGCGUGCAUCGAGGGCAUGCUGGAACCCCAACCUCAACAGCCCUUGAACUGCUCGUUCAUCAAGUCCCGCCUGGAAGGAAUUCUC